AUGCCAUCCUCAACGGCUUCUACCGAGCGUUCUGGUUCGGUCAAGUCGCAACAUAGCCCCAAAAUCUCUCUUCAGAGCAAAGCCGACCCCAACAUGGCUCUCUAUGAGCAAGAACCCACCGCUGUGAACCUCCAACCUGGAUCCCGGGAUACAUUAUCCCUCCGCAACAUGCAGCACAGGGACAGGGAAGGAAAUCUCAUCACCGAUCCCGAUCUCUCCAACCCCACACGCAGUCGGUUUGAGCGCCCGCUCGACACUAUCCGAUCGUUCGAUGCGGCCAUCGAGACACAUCGGAAACAACAACGGAUGUGA